ACGAGAAACAACCAGGGUGGCGCUGUCUCGAUCCCUUUUAGCGGGGAAGCUUUCUUUAAGCACGUUCUUAUUAGGCUCGAUCGACAGCCAAGAAAAUUAAGAAACUGUUGAACAGCAUCUGUAUAAGAAAAUAGUGUUAAGCAUUUCACACGUUGUAAAGUGAAAUAUGAAAUACAUAUUAGUAACCGGUGGUGUGAUUAGUGGCGUUGGCAAAGGUGUUAUUGCCAGUUCGUUUGGGACAUUACUUAAACAUUGCGGCAUUCGUGUGACGUCUAUCAAAAUUGAUCCUUACAUAAAUAUAGACGCUGGUACAUUUUCUCCAUAUGAACAUGGUGAAGUGUAUGUCCUGGACGAUGGAGGAGAAGUUGAUUUAGAUUUAGGAAACUAUGAACGUUUCUUGGACAUUACUUUGCACAGAGACAACAAUAUAACUACUGGAAAGAUCUAUCAGCAUGUGAUUUCAAAAGAGAGACAGGGUGAUUACCUGGGAAAAACUGUACAAGUGAUACCUCAUAUAACAAAUGCUGUCCAAGAAUGGGUUGAAAGAGUAGCAAAUCAGUCUGUAUCCCAAGAUGGUGAUAUACCUGAUGUUUGUAUUGUCGAGUUAGGAGGUACAAUAGGAGACAUUGAAGGAAUGCCUUUUGUUGAAGCUUUCAGGCAGUUCCAAUUUAGAGUGAAGAAAGAGAAUUUUUGUUGUGCACAUGUGUCUUUAGUGCCACAACCACGGACUACAGGAGAACCAAAAACAAAACCAACGCAGUCCAGUGUAAGAGAAUUACGUGGAUUGGGUCUGUCUCCUGAUCUUAUAGUUUGUAGAUCCGAGAAACCUAUAGGUGAUUCGGUGAAAGAGAAAAUUUCAAAUUUCUGUCACGUUGCUCCAGAACAAGUUAUAACUAUACACGAUUUAUCAUCUAUAUACCGUGUACCAUUGUUGCUGGAAUCUCAAGGUGUUAUUGAAUUUUUGAAUGACAGACUACAGUUAAAUAUUGGUGUACCACGUCCGCGCUGUUUCAUGCGUACAUGGAGGGAAUUGGCUGAUCGAGUCGAUCAUUUGCGAAAGGAAGUAAAUAUUGCAUUGGUGGGGAAGUACACCAAAUUAGAAGACUCUUAUACUUCUGUUACGAAAGCGUUGCAACACGCGUGCAUUCAAGUUGGCUAUAAACUCAACUUAACAUAUAUAGAAGCUGAUAAUUUAGAACAAAAGAAAAAGUUAGCUGACCCUGUACUCUAUUAUGAAGCUUGGCAACAACUUUGCAAAAGCAAUGGUAUCAUAGUGCCAGGAGGCUUCGGUAAAAGAGGAAUGUUAGGAAAGAUGGAGGCAUGUAAAUGGUGUAGAGUAAAUGAUAAGCCAUUCCUUGGUAUUUGCCUGGGCUUACAAGUGGCUGUUAUUGAAUUUGCUAGAAAUGUUUUGAAUUUACCGACUGCGAAUAGUACGGAAAUUGAUCCAGAUACACCUCAACCUGUUGUUAUUGAUAUGCCAGAAUAUAAUCCAGGUCAAAUGGGAGGAACCAUGAGAGUUGGAAAAAGAAUUACUCAAUUCACGGAACGUAAUUCUAUCAUAAAGCAACUGUAUGGGAAUAAAGAUUAUAUAGAGGAGAGGCACAGGCAUAGGUAUGAAAUUAAUCCAGCGUGUAUCAAGAGCCUGGAAGAAGCUGGACUACAUUUCGUAGGACACGAUGUAAACAAUGAACGUAUGGAAAUAGCAGAGUUGGAAGGGCACACUUAUUACGUGGCCACACAGUUUCAUCCAGAAUACUUGUCUAGGCCUUUAAAGCCUUCACCUCCAUUCUUAGGAUUAAUUUUAGCAAGCAUCGGUAAAUUAAAGCACUACUUAGCCAGAGGUUGCAGACUUUCACCAAAUCAAAUUAGCGAUACCGAGUCAGACAAUGAAUAUAUGAUCGAUCCAACAACAAUACAACAACAUCUAAUCAGCGAUGCUAGUAGGAGUGGUAGUACUACAUCCAGUACUAAUGAUUAAGUCUCUUAAUCUAAGUUGGCAGGAAAAAUAUUUUUAAUGACAAAAUACUAUUCCUACGUACAUAUAUAUCAGAUUAAUUAAAGUUUGUUAGAAAAAAGCGUAGGAAACAUAUUGGUGUACGGUAUCAAAACUACAAUAUACUACGAAUUUUUACUGUAUUAGUAUACUGUGUACAAGUAUACUGAAAGAUAGAAGCAAAGCAGAUCAGGUAACAAUGAGAACUUCCACGGCACAGUUUUAUACCGGUCUAUUUAAAUAUUCAAAUGUCUCGAAUUUUUAUUAGACAUGUAGCGAGUUCUACUUUUAUAGAAAUAAAAAGUAGUGACGAAUGGUUCGACGAAUACAUGUGCAACAAUUGUAUUUCAAUGAUGAUUAUUUUGUUUCUGUUUGUAACGGGACACCGUUAUUUAUAUGUUGAAUUUUAUUCAUUGAAUACGAAUUACGUGUUUGUCUUGUAAUUACUGUAUGUUCUUUAUAAUAUUUUCAAAUAUACAUACACUUUAUAGUUUCAGUAAAAAAAUUGUUAUUCUAUAUACAUACGCAUUUUUCAUUGUAUCGGUUAGUACAUUUUAAACAAUAUCUCGCGAUUAGAUCUAAAAGUUUUUACAUUUUAAGUCGAAAUAUAUGUUACUUUUAUGUUUUUGAAAACCAUGCUUUUCUGUCGUUUUUAGCAUUUUUCUAAUUUAUAAUAAAAUAUAAGAUUAAUGUAUCUUUCGAUGCAUUUAUAGUAAUUUAAGUUGUUAUUAUUAUGAUAUAAUCGUAUCGAUUUUUUUCUUUAUUGAGCAGCACAUGCGUUCUGCCGAGUACAGUAUAUAAAGUAUACACUAGCUUAUUACAAUAAAACUUCUUCGUAUAAAAAUGAUAUAUAUGCAUAUACGUGUGUGUAUAUAAUAUAUACAUACAUUCUUAUUGUUACACGCACAAUAAACAAUUGGUCAUGUUAGAUUAAAGUUAAAUUACAGUAGCGAACUCGGAUCAUUACAAAUCAAAGAAAAUAAAAUAUCUGUAACGUGUAUAAUAAAACAAACAAAUAAAUAUAAAAAAAGAAAAAUAAUUAAAAUGCACUUUGGACGGUAAGCAUUACAAAUAAUACUGAAAACAUUUUUCGUAAAAAGAAAAGCUAAAUAUUUUACAUGUAACGAAAAACUAUUGAUAAUAUUAUUGACUUCUAUAUGUACAAAUUUUUAUUUCGCUGAAAAAAUCUAUUGAAAGUUUGAACAUGAAAAAUAGACACUCGUAUUUCACGAAAAUAUGUUAUCAGAUUGAUUAGUUACUAAUAAUUUGACAAUGAAUAGUAAUUAUAAUAAAGGUACUUGACACGCUAAGGUAAAAAAGAAAUAACUAAUCUCUCUUCGUACGGGGAUAAACGUAAAGUUCAUGAAUAUCUAACAUACAUCGGCCCCGAUGUUCAAUGGAAAUUACAAAAGUACAUACAAUAAUAAAUACUUACGCACCUCACAGUCUAAGGUAACAAUAAUUUGAAAUUACAAAUGAAUCGUACUACUUAGCGUUCCGUUAUUUACUACUAGCGAUGCGUUACUUUAACCUACGAGUAAUGAAGUAAACUUAGUUACCAAAAAUAAUACAAUCGUGUAAUGAGAAGUUU